GCAAGAGUUUGAUGAGAAAAUUGAAUCUCUCGCCGCUCUAGGCAACGAGACUCAAGGAACACCUCAAACAAUUGAACAUGAUAUUACUGAUGCAUCACACCAGUGUGAGUUAUAUGUUGAAGAUGACCCCCCGCGUCUAGUGGCUGUUGGUCGAGUUUUUGAGGGUGGCUUAACCAUCCAUGGUGUCCCUCUACAGCCAGACUGGACACGAGUAGUAGUUGAUGAAGUUAAUGAUGCUAAUGCUCCAGUGCCUUUUCCUAAUGAAGAGAUUCAAUUAGUGGGGCAGGCAAGCGGGACAUUCUUGGCUUGGCCAAGACGAAGAGACCGUGUCGAGAUACAAUGGGAUGUUAGAGUGUUUGGAAUUGACAAUUCCAGUGUUCCAUUGUACAUUUCCUUGCCCGAUGCUUUAGAAAUUGCUGGGGAAAUUGCAUGUUAA